AUGUCAGGAAACUCUCAUAUUGAGAAGGUUCCAGAACUGCCCCCUCCUAAUCUGCUAGCAGGGGAGAGCGAUGUGCACUUCACGGCGGUUCAACAACACCGCGAGCCCGGCUCUACAACUCAUCCGUGCUCGUUCCAUUUUGCGAAAGGGGGUGAAGAAGAAAUAGUGACGAGGGACUCCCAAGAUUUUCCACCAUCCGAGACGGUAUCAUCAGAACAGAUGAGUACGAUUACAAAGGACGAGGAAAGUUGCAGACACCGGAGAGAGAAGAACAGAGACGCGGCCGCUAGGUGUCGCUUCAGGAGGAGGGCCAGGGAAGAGAGACUCAGGAAGCACACGAUUUGUCUGGAGAACGCUAACUCGGGACUCCGUACAGAGAUCGCACGGUUACAGCACGAACUGAGGAGCCUGUCCAAACACGUGAUGAACCACAUGGAACUGUGUCACGCCGGCCCGAGCUACACCGGACAACUCACCGGACCAACCAGAACCAACCAUGUCCAGGACUCAUCAACAACGCCACAGGAUUAA